GGAUGCAUAGCGGCUCCUCGCCCCACCGCCUCAGGUGCGCCGCGUGGUUGGCUGUUCACCAGCAGGUGUGUCGCCACAGUCCGCCGGCCGGCAGGGGGCACGGGAGCCCGCCUCGGGCAACCAGCGGCCCGAUUGUCAACCGGAAGUACCGUCUCGCGCCCCGGAACGAGUUUGAAGAAGUGGCAGCUGAGGUUGAGACGAAACUACCUGGUCUGAACGUGUCCUUGCAUUUCCGCGAUCGCCCCGCUGGCCCUAAGCCCCACGUCCUACCUGUGCCGCACCAAGUCGGCGUAUUCCGAAGACUGGAUGACAGACAUAGGUGCCCGGGAGGUUCAGGCGGUGGACACCGAGCUCACCGCCGACUCGGUGGAGUGGUGCCCACUGGACGGCCACAGGCACCUGCUGGCGUGCGGCACCUACCAGUUGCGGGAGCCGGAAGUGGGGGCCGGCGCCCGGAGCCAGAGUGGACUGGACCUUGAUGAACCUCAAAUCCGUUUAGGUCGGCUCUACCUGUACAGUUUUAAUGAGGACAACUCUGCUCACCCUCUGGUUGAGGUCCAAAGAAGAGAUACUUCUGCAAUCCUGGACAUGAAAUGGUGCCAUAUCCCAGUGGCUGGCCAUGUCCUCUUGGGCUUAGCAAAUGCCAGUGGAUCCAUAGAGCUAUUCCACCUGGUGAGAUCUGAGUUGGAGAGCAGUUACACAUUACUGCCAUUGUCAAGCCUUGCCCUGCAGGAGUGGUGUCUGGCUUUGUCUCUGGAUUGGUCUACUGGGAAAACCGGAAGGGCCAGCGACCAGCCCUGGAAAAUCAUCAGUAGCGACUCCCGUGGGCAGCUUCAUCUGCUGACAGUGAGUGAGAUGGAGCCCAGGCUGCAGAAAGUGGCCUCAUGGCAGGCCCAUCACUUUGAGGCCUGGAUUGCUGCCUUUAAUUACUGGCAGACAGAGACUGUGUACUCAGGGGGGGAUGAUGGCCUUCUGAAGGGCUGGGACACCAGGGCACCUGGCAUGUCUCUGUUCACCAGUCAGAGACACUCCAUGGGCGUGUGCAGCAUCCAGAGUAGUCCCCAUCGGGAGCACAUCUUGGCUACUGGAAGCUAUGAUGAGCACGUUCUACUGUGGGACACUCGGAACAUGAAGGAGCCGUUUGCAGACACCCCUGUGCAGGGCGGGGUGUGGAGGCUCAGGUGGCAUCCUGCCCACCCGCACCUGCUCCUGGCGGCCUGUAUGCACAGUGGCUUCAAGAUCCUUGACUGCCAAAGGGCAGCCGAGAGGCAAGAAGCGACAGUAUUGGUGUCCCAAGUGUUGCCCAACUCUCUGGUGUAUGGAGCCGACUGGUCUUGGCUCCUGGUCCGUUCUUCACAGCCAGUUCCUUCCUGGUCCUGUCUUCACAGUGACCCAGGAGUCAGAAUGGGAGACCUAAAGGUUGCAGGCAAGUUGCCAGCACCCUGUCUUGAAUGCAUAGUGGAUGAUGGGGAGGGCCCUGCCAAACUCCAGCAUGAGACCAAGCCACCCACAGAGGACAGGAGGAAGAACGGCACUGAACCAUUUGCCAAGGAAGCCAAGCCCCGUGACUGCAACCUGUACCUGGAAGGGAUAAACUCAGACAUAAGCCUAUUGGCCACUUGCUCCUUUUAUGAUCAUGCUCUCCACCUCUGGAAGUGGAAGAUGAACUGAGCUCAAGAUCAUUCCCACAAGUAAACCAAGAGUGACUUUUGAGUCAUUUGAGAUUCUUACUGCAACCUCACCUGUGACUGCACCUUAUGGAAUCUUGACAGUGGACAGUCAGAAACGCUCCUGGCUUCUCUGCCAGGUUAUGCAAGUGACUGUGGUGCUAUCUGGCAGUAAGUGGGACAAAAACUUGGUUUCCAGCUUGCAACUUGUUAGUUUCUCAGGGAGACUUUUAACUUUCAGCCCUUCAUACAUGUUUAAGCAUCUACAGCAGACCCUGUGUAAGUUGACCACCUAAGGGGUCUGCAGCAAACUGAUUGACAUAUUGAAGUGGUCAGCAUAAAGAGCUAAGCCUCCUGCAUUGAUAACAUACAUGUGAUGCAUGUCCAGUCUAUGAAAAUUAGGACCACUUGAGGUGGUUAACUAUGAAG